AUUUGUAAUUCAUUCUCAAUAUAUGAGGCAAUAGGUUAAACUAUUUACCCGAGCGGUUAAACUACAAUCUGCCUCCGAUACAACAUGCUUACGUUACAUUUCACAUCAGAAACAAUGAUCCAACAAUACGUAUAUCACUCCAUCAGUGACAGUGUAAGUAAAAGUAUUUAGGCAUUACUAGCUAACCUCUCCGAAAGUAUUCAAAAAAUGUUGAGGCGGAGGCAUCACAUUUCAUGAGUACAUCACAUGUUUGCUCUGUGAAUGUUUAUCUGUAAAUCCACAGAUUUUGCAUGGUGAGCACUUUUUGGUGUAAUAAUGUUUUUAAUACUAAAAUUUUAACUCCAGGACUUUAAAUGCAUUGUAAAUAUGGCAAAUUCUAUUCAAAUUUCUGAAUGUUUCUUCCUCUGUGAAUAAAAUAUAUUACUUUUAAUGUGCUAUUUGGGAUGUAGGGCUACUUCCUGACCACUAUGAUGGUACAGUUUACCAUCAUACAUCGUGUAUUUAGUAUAUAAUUAACCUUCUUCAAUGAAACUUUUAGUUCUUCUCCCUUACUGUGUGUUACACACAUUAUUAUGGAUGGAUUGUGUAUCCUUGUAACUACUUGCACAGUACGUCAUGUUUCUGUUCAAACACAAUGACAUGCGUAACAUUUCACACUGUAAAUAUGAAACUUUUACCAAAAUAGAAUAAACACAUUGCUUAUAAGGCGAGUCCUUCCUCCAGCAGCAGCCCACAGGAGGAAAGGGCCGCUAAAAGUCGCGCAGACUGCUGCGUGUUACAUAACGAGAGCCCGCUGCGUGUUCCACACCAGCGCGCAAACACACGUCUCCACCCGGAAAGGACCGGUCAGGUGGAGCCUCGGUACAUCCUGGUGCUCAAACGAUGCUCCCGUAGACGGACCCCCCCCCUCCGCUCCGUGUAUUUGCACCGUCACGAUUGGAGACGCGCGCAAGAGGACCGGAGCCGUGCGUCAUCGAGGAUGACACCGGGCCGCGGUGUGUGUGAGGACCCUCCGGUAAGGAGCUCGUUUAACCCUACCGAUCACCAGAAGAACUGCGUGGCGGGCAGGAGAGAAAAAAACUGACACGUGGAUUACUCCUCCUCGGUCAUUAGGGGGGGGGGGAAACACAAACGCACACACAGGGACACACACACGCAAGCUCAGUUCUGCGGUCAUCGCCCGGCUGGUUAUGGAUCAGACCUUCGCGUUCAGAUAUGGUUUGUAACUUUGUCACAAAAUUGACUUUUGACGACUCCGUCGACCGGAAACAAAGUGACGAAGAAGCAACCCGACGGAUGAGAGGAAGGAGCCGCCGAUAACUCGCGUGUUGAAUGGCAGUUAUUCAAAAACAUGGCAAGAAACACAGUCCCGACCUGGUGUGUCAGAAGGAGAGCGCCCCGCCCGACAGGACCGGACCCCCCGGGGGCCACAAGAAGUGGUCCGAGCACAACAACACCACCUGGUCCAGACCAGUGGCGAGGGUAUGGACCGGGGUGCUGCUGCUCGGGACGUGCCUCCUGUACUGCGCCCGCGUGGCGAUGCCCAUCUGCGCCGUCAGCAUGGCGGAGCAGUUCCAGUGGAGCAAGAGGGAGUCGGGCAUGGUGCUGGGCAGCUUCUUCUGGGGCUACUGCUUCACCCAGGUCUUCGGAGGCUACGUCAGCGACCGCGUUGGAGGGGAGAAGGUCCUGGUGCUGUCGGCGGCGGCCUGGGGCUCGAUGACCGCCUUCACCCCGAUCCUGGCCUACUUCUGCUCCCAGCCGAUCUUCUCCAUGACGCUGGCCCGGUUCCUCAUGGGUUUGUUGCAAGGGGUGCAUUACCCGUCCCUGGCGAGCCUGUGCUCCCAAAAGGUGGUGGAGAGUGACCGAGGCUUCCUCAUGAGCACCGUGGCCAGCGGCUCCUACCUGGGCACUCUGGUGAUCGGCGGGGCCGGCUCGCUCAUGCUGGACCUGUACGGCUGGCAGAGUGUCUUCUACGUGUCCGGCCUGCUCUCGGUCCUGUGGGCCUACUGCAUAUGGAAGUACCUGCUCAGAGGAGAAGGACCGAUCAUCACCCUGGAGUCCCUGGGGGGUGGAGGGUCCCAACCCAAACUGUCCAAAAGACACUGGCUGAGGCUCCUCAGACAACCUGCAGUCUGCGCUGUGAUCGUCACCCACCUGUGCACAGCCAGCACCUUCUUCACGCUUCUGUCGUGGCUGCCCACCUUCUUUAAGGACACUUUCCCCGACGCAAAGGGCUGGGUGUUCAACGUGGUCCCCUGGCUGGUGGCCAUCCCCUCGUCCCUGUUCAGUGGCUUCCUGUCGGACCACCUCAUCGGUCAAGGCUACGACACCGCCUCCGUGAGGAAGAUGAUGCAGUUUUUCUCCAUGGGCGUGUCCAGUGUGUUUACCCUCCUUCUGUGUGGCAACACCACCUUCACCUGGGCUGUAGCCUUCGUGUCUGCCACCAUGGGCUUCACCACCUUCAGCCACAGCGGCGUAUCUGUAAAUGUUCAGGACCUCGCUCCCUCCUGUGCUGGAGCGUUAUUCGGGGUCAUGAAUACGUGCGGGGCGUUCUCAGGGGUCCUCAUGGUGUAUUUCUCGGGGUACCUCAUCGAGACCACGGGCUCCUGGACCUCUGUGUUCGGCCUCAUCACCGCGGUCAACCUGCUGGGCCUCUGCACCUUCCUGGCCUUCGCCGAGGCCCGCCGGGUCGACAUCGACCCGAGCAAGGCCCGCCACGCCAACAUCCACAUCUGAACUAGGGGCCAUCGGACGGAGCCCACCCCCCCCACCCCCUCGGGGCAUUGGCAGAAAGCCCUUUUUGAUCGGUGUCUGGCUGAGAAGGAACGGCGAGAGUUUACUGAAAAGCACACUGUGGGAUCUGUUCACUCAGUGAGGAGCCCCCCAUACGUGAGAGGGACGGAUGCUGUGGGGGGGGGGGCACCUGAAGUCUUUUAUUAGCUGGCUGAGUGAUACCUCAUUACCAAGCCCCUAAUUACCUGGCGCUCUAAUGUCCUCUUCCAUUUACCUGCUACUGUCCUCGUCUCCAUGGUUACAAGCUCAUCUCAUCGCUGCAGUCGGGGGGGGGGGGGCGGUACAAGGCUUUGAUGGGGCGCAUUCUCCCUGUUUGUUGCUUUUAAAGAACAUGUUUGGGGUUGAGAGACCGCGGUUGUAUGUAAUAGAAAUACCUCACUUGAUUUAUUUCGGGAUUACUUUGGAGUAUAUUUAUAUUUCUUGAUUUCGUUUUUUUUUUUUUUUAAAUGAAUAUUUUAAGAUGGAAAAACACAUCGGGUUAAAUGAAGUAUGAACAGUACGACGAGCCGCGUUAGUUUUCCUAACUUCCUUUCUGACCUCCACCUCGUAGGAAAGAAACGUCUUCUCAUAAUAUCUUCUCAGUGAAAGCGGACAAAAUGAACCGUGAUGAUUCUAAUUCUGAGGCUCAGUGGAGGAACUGAAGAACAUUAACCUCCGGCUGAAUGUAGUUUGUAGCGUUUAGCGCUUCAUCAUCAGUGCAGAUGUUCUUUCAUUAUUCAUUCAUUCAUUAUGUUGUGCCUUUUUCAAGAGGAGGUGAUGUGUCUGUGUGUCAUGACCGACACACAAAGCGCGUUCCACAAACCCUCAGAAGUGAUAUUCUUUUUGUAACGUUGUUACAUAGUUUUGGUCGUGUUUACAGAAAAGUGGGCCAGGAUUUAUUGAAAACAUUUAGUCUCUGCCUCACAGAGCAACGAUACGCUUUCUGUACAUCAGCCGUAUUCAGAUUGUUGUUUACUGACUAUUUACAAUAAUUUAUUUAAUAUAAAAUCUGAUACGUCACUUUGAUUCCGUACUGACUUUGUGUUGGUGUGAUUGUGUGUGUCUACACCUCCUGGUUACUGAAAGCCGUUACAUGAUACAAACUCUGAGGCUUGUUGUUGCGUGUAGCGGUUCAAAUGUUAAACAUGUAACCCGUUACAUGCUACGUUUCCCCUCUCGGCCCCUGGAAGCCUUUUGAUACCUGUAAGAUAUGUACGAUGCAAAUAAUACAUUCCUGCAGUAAAAAUGCAGUAUUCUAAAGCUUUUCAGAUGUGUUGUAUUUAAAAGCAUAUUUUACUUCCAAUUAAAAAAAAGUAUUUUGUCAACCUGUGUGUGUUCUCUGCAGUGCCACGAGGAGGCAGCACAGCACCAGCGAUGAGGCCUCUCACGCUGCCACAAAGCACAACUUUGCUUUAAUGCAGCGUUUAAUUACAGUGGGUAGAAAAAUACAUUUAUUUAUGUGUUUAUUUUAACACUUUGUCUGUUUGCUGUAGAUGUUUCCUAAAUUCAUUAUAUGAAAAAAAAUAAUUAAACUUUUCAUGAAAGUUGCCGCAUCAACUGAGGAAGUGAUGAUUUCUAUGUAUUUUAUUUUUUUCAUUAAUUUACCUGUAGUUUCACAUUGAUAAUUUGACCAAAUUCAUCUUUAAAGGCCAACAUGAGUGUCUGAUCCAAUAAUCCUCACUUCACCAGCUUUUUAGAUAAACCAAAUGUUUCAUCCAUCUGCAUAUUCUGAUGGGUUUUAAAGAAUUGCAUUGUCAAUAGUGUGAUUUAGACUUUUUAAUCCAAAUAUCAUGGUGAAAAUAUAUUUCCUUUUAAUGAAUGUUGACAGUAUUUUCUGAUUCAUGCAGUGGUCCUGUAUAUGUGUAAAUAUGCAAACUAGUCAUAUUUAAUAACAUCUGGCCUCAUUGUUU